AUGUACGAAAACCCGGGGAACACAUCAGACCAGGAGAAAUGUCUCGAUAUGUCGAUUCGGGUUGUCAAAGCCGAGUCAUUCGAGAUGAAACGAUGUCUCGACAAGGUAAUUUUUAUUUUCCCCAACAUUUUCAAAGAAAAAAGAUAAAUGCGCUGAUUUGUGGUGUAAAAUCGAUACUCUUGCAGGGGAAGACGAUGGACGCAUUGAAGCACGCUCUCCAGAUGCUUAAUGAGAUGCGCACCGCUGAUUUGUCGCCAAAGUUCUACUACAGAUUAUGUGAGAAUUAUUUAAAUCAGUUAUUUGUAAUUGUAAACAACAAAAAACUGUUCAGAUAUGGACUCGAUGCACGAAUUGCAGUGUCUGGAGGUGAAUCUCGUGCAGGAGUACGCGGCGGAUCCGGCCAAACUUGGCAAUUUGUACGAAUGUGUCCAGUACGCGUCGGCAAUUAUUCCCAGACUGUGAGUGAGCAUUUUAAAGUGAAAAUUGAAAUUAUCUAUUUUUUCUUUCAGAUACCUCCUCGUCACAAUCGGUGGCGUUUUCAUCAAAUGCGGCCUGGGUUCCCGUAAGGAGUUGCUCAAAGACCUCGUGGAAAUGUGUCGUGGAGUGCAGCAUCCGCUCCGAGGACUGUUUCUCCGCAAUUACCUGAUGCAGUGCACGCGUUCCGUGCUUCCCGACUUCCCCGAAACGGAAGAGAUGCUCGUGGCUCACAAUAGCACUCUGCCCAAAGGAGCUCCAAAACUGAAGCCGCGAGACGGAACUGUAGAGGACACGAUCGACUUUGUACUCAUAAAUUUUGCCGAAAUGAACAAAUUGUGGGUUCGAAUGCAGCAUCAAGGACCGUCAAAGGAAAAGGAAAAACGGGAAAAGGACCGACUCGAACUGCGUAUUCUCGUGGGAACGAACCUCGUCCGUUUGGCUCAGUUGGAGGCGCUCACCGAGGAAAUGUACGUACGAGAUGUGCUUCCGAGUAUUCUCGAGCAAAUUGUGUCGUGUCGAGACGCCAUCUCGCAGGAGUAUCUGAUGGAAUGCGUCAUUCAAGUCUUUGCCGACGACUUUCAUUUGGCGACGUUGAAUGAGUUCUUGAAUGCGUGCGGACAACUGCAGCAGGAAGUGAACAUCAAGAUUCUUCUGAUUGCGCUCGUCGAUCGUCUCGCUCUGUACACGACGACUUCCAUAGAAGGACAACCUGCGCCGACGAAGAUGCAAUUGUUCGAGAUCUUCAGUGAGCAGGCGACGACUCUGAUCAAGAAUCGGCCGGAGAUGCCAUUGGAUGACAUCGUGGCUCUUCACGUUUCGCUCGUCUCCCUUGCCGUCAAGUGCUACCCGGAUCGCCUCGACUACGCGAACAUGACCUUUUUGGGACUGAGACAAGUGAUCGAAGAGAAGGGAAUCACCGAGUAAGCACGUCAAACAGAUAACCCAUUCAUCCACCAAAAGUUCCACGGUUUUCAGAAUUGAAGCAUUUGGAAAGGUCGGCCGUGAGUUGACGAAGCUUCUGAACAUCCCGAUCGACGAGUACAAGAACGUGCUGCGACUCUCCGAGCUUCCUGAAUAUGUUAAAGUUAUGAAUUUUUUCGACUACCGGGGACAGUGCAAUAUUGCCGCGUACAUGGUGCAGAAUAUGCUCGACGAGGAGACGGUUCUCCGGCAACAAGAAGAUGUUACGGCGGCAUUCUCUAUGAUCUCUUCACUUCUCAAAGAUCACCCCAAUCAACCACAAAAUGCUCAUGAGUCGGAAGAAUUUGCAGAUGAGCAGAAUCUCGUAGCUAGAUUGCUCCAUUUGAUUCGAGCCGACGACGUAGAUUCCCAGUACUUGGUUAGAUUCAAAGUUAUUUAAUUCUGUCAUACUUCCUCUUUUCAGCUGCUCAACGGGGCUCGCAAAGUGUUAGGAGAAGGCGGUCGUCAUCGUCUCCGUUACACUCUUCCUCCCAUCAUCUUCGAGCUUUACCGUCUCGUGCUGAAGUUCGCAGAGAUGAAGGGCGAGGACGAGAAAUGGGACGCAAAGAUCCGGAAGAUGUUCGUCUGUGCGAUGGGCACGAUAGGAGCACUCGUAUCGACCGCAGAGCUCGCGGAGCUCCCUCUCAAGCUGUACCUAAACGGGGCGAUCACGGCGGACCGUGUGCCAUUCGAGGACAAUCACACUGUAGUCUAUGAGUUUGUCUCGAAAGCAAUGUCGAUUCUGGAGGACGACGUCGUCGACUCGAGGGACCGUGUCAGAUGUCUUCAGCUCACCGUUGGAACUCUUCUGAAAACGACGCAUUUGCCGGAUGAAAACUGGCAGCCACUGGCCAGUCAGACAGUGCUCGCAGCCGCCAAGAUGUUCAAGAAGCCGGAUCAAGUGAGGUCUCUUGUCACAGCUGCGACACUUUUCUGGCACGGCCAAACGCUGGAGACGAACGGGCAGAAGUUGAGAAAUGGCAAGAAGGUCGUGGACAUUUUGAGGAAAGCCGCCAAAAUUGCGAGAGAAUGUCUGGAGCCGCUCGUGCAACAGCAGCUCUACAUAAUGCUGCUAUCCGCUUACACCUACUACUACGAAGAUCAGUGUCCAGAGGUAUCCGAUUCUUCGGAAUCCCCACCAUAAUCUCACCGUUUCCCAGGUCAACGUGGAGCACAUAGAAGAGCUGAUCUCUCUCACCCAGGACAAUGCCGUGCAACUCGACGUCUCCGCUGAAGCGGAUAGCCUGGAGAAGCAGCUCGGAGAAGCGAUUCGACGUCUUCAGUUGGCGAAACUGAGUGUGGCGUCCGCCAAUCAAACGUCUCCUCCGGAACCCGAACUCCCUCAGCCGCCGCUUGGAAACGAGGGACUCUAG